AUGAGAAGCACUCUUCAAGAGAGAGUCGCUUUUGGUUCUAAGGAGGGGCCCUCAGCUCCCACAAAACAGCCAGGGACUACUAAUAGGACACUCCUCCACCAGCAACAACUACAUCCCCCCUCAGCCCUACAACUUAAAAUGUCAACCCCACUUUUCGAUCCUACCCUAAUCUCCUCCGAGGUUGCUUCUUCACUACCAGAUGGGUACUCUAUCCGUCCAGCCUGUAAAUCUGAUUACAGCCAAUUUCUAGAUGUCCUUCGCGUUUUAACAACCGUGGGGGAUAUAUCCGAAGCGGAUUGGGCUGAAAGAUAUGACUGGAUGGCAGCUAGAAAGGAUGAAUAUUUCAUCAUUUGUAUUACGGAUGAUAAGGAGAAAGUUGUUGGCGUAGGAAGCUUGAUUAUAGAAAAGAAAUUCUUGAGAAAUCUAGGAAUAGUCGGUCACAUCGAAGACAUUGCCGUUUCAAAAGAUCAACAGGGAAAGAAGUUGGGACUAAAAAUAAUCCACGCUCUUGACCAUAUCGCAGAGAAGGUUGGCUGCUACAAGGCCAUCCUCGACUGUUCGGAGAAGAACCAGGGCUUCUAUGAAAAGUGUGGAUAUAAGCAUGCUGGCGUGCAAAUGGCACAUUAUUAUGAGAAGAAAUAG